CGCAAGUCUCGAGCGGACCGAAUAUUCAUAAUACUCAGAAAUAAUUUGAGCAGAGGCAGAGCUUUAUCAAAAGCCAGGCCCAAAAAAGCGACUUUUAAUCAACAAACACAAUUACGUUGUUGAUCGUGUCAACAAUAUUUGUGUUUAUAUAUAUAUAUAUAUUAUCGCAACGGAAUGUUCAAAACGGAAAACCACAGAACUCAGAGAAUCCCAUGACGCCAUAUUUGUUUUUUCCCAAAACGAGAAUAAUCUCCAAGGCGGAAACGUAACGAUUCUAUGAAAAACGAAUUUACAAUUCAUAUACAAAAAGAGUGAAACAAAACACGAAAAAUAAAUUUAAAAAAAAAGAAGAAAAAUAUAGCAAAAAAAGUUGUGUGUGAAGCGCGUGUUUUUUUGCUGUUUGCCUGUGGUUGUGUGUUGCCAGUUAGUAUGUGUGUGUGCGAUGAUGCAUGUGUAUCUGUGUAUUGUUAGUGAAUGCAGUGACUGGCAGUGUAAGAAAUAUCCGCUUACCUAAGCGAACUAAAAUUCUCUCGUGACGGCUUAAGAACCACACACUCGAAUACAGCUCACAAUAAAUAAACACACACACACACAGUUACACACAUUGGCAUAUACACAUGUAUCUGUGUGUGUUUGUACGUGGCUAACAUAUAAAGCAAAACCAGAAAAUCCACAUUGUUCGGUCUCGGUUCGCGCCUACGUUGCCGUUACGCUACGUAAAGAACGCGACACUCAACGUAAGACGCUUUUGUUUUUCUCCAUCUUUUGUAGUUCUUGUGGUUGCUGCUGUUGUUGUUGUUUUAACUGAGAAUGGGCGACUCGACGCCCAUUUGCCGCUGCCGUGUGCUCUAUCUGGGCAGCGCCGUGCCGCGUCAGAGCAAGGACGGUCUCCAGGGCAUACAGGAGCCGUUGCGUAGCCUCUAUCCGUCAGAGGGCGCUGUCGGUGCCAAGGGCAUCGAUAGCUGGCUGAGCGUUUGGUCCAAUGGCAUACUGCUCGAGAAUGUCGAUGAGAAUCUGAAGCAGAUCACACGCUUCUUUCCCAUCGAAUCGCUGCACUAUUGUGCCGCAGUGCGUCAAGUGCUGAUACCGGAGCGGGGCAAUGCUCAUCCGGAGCCAAAGUUUCUGCCGUUGGAUUCGCCAUUUGCGCGCAUGCCCCGUGCCCAGCACCCGCCCAUCUUUGCAGCCAUAUUGCGUCGCACCACGGGAAUUAAGGUGCUCGAGUGCCACGUAUUCAUUUGCAAGCGGGAGGCGGCCGCUAACGCUCUAGUCAGAUGCUGUUUCCAUGCCUAUGCCGAUAACUCCUAUGCCAGGCAAUUGGAGACGGGCAGCACAGGCGGCGGUGGCGGCAGCAGCGUCUAUGGCACCUUGAAGAGCGCCGGCGCCGGCAGCAAAUCGAAUGGCGACCUCACCAGCGUUGGUCUGGCCAACGGGCAUGGUAACGGUCAUCAUCAUCGUCAUCUGGCCGGACAGGGCGGCUGGAGAUCGCGAGCAGGCAGUACCACAACGCUAAACAGCUUGGGACGCACAUCGAAUGGACAUGUGCUCAAUGGCAUGAACGGUGGCAGUACUGGCAGCAACGCCGAGGGUUACACAUCAGUCAAAAAUUUUUACGGUAGCAGUGCCGAUCUGAAUGUCACCGUGGAUGAUGGGGAGGCUUCAGUGUACAAUGGCGAUGAGAAUCACAAGGUUUGGAGCGGCUCACAGGAUCAGCUGGAUAACAUAGGUGCCGUGGAGAGUCCGUACGAACUGUUUUCGGGCAACACCUCGACUCUGGGCAGACCGUUGCGAGCGCGCCAGAUAAGUACGCCAAUUGAUGUGCCACCGCCUCCAGUUAAGGAGGAGCGCAAGACGAAGCGAGACAAGAAGUCUUCAAAGUCCAGUGGCAGCCAGAGCUUGUCGGGCACACUGAUUAGACCAAAGCCCAUGCAUCCGGCGGCGGCGUUGCAUCGUUCACCAGUGCACGCUGGACCAGGACCUGGUCCAGCUAGCGUCAUCUAUGGUCCGGUGUCGGGACCACAUGCUGCACGCCAAUACCACACAAUUAGUCAUCGCGGUUUUCCACAGGGACCACCGCCACAUCAUGCGCAUCCGCAUCAGCUACCCCAUCAGCAUAUCCAACAGCAUCCACAUCAGCAGGCACAUCAGCAGGCACAUCAUCAUCACAUGAUGCAGCUGCAUCAUGCACAGCAUAUGGCUGGCAUGCCACCGCUACAGAUACCCAUGAUGAUGCCACAACAAUAUGCGACGCUGCAGCCAUCGCGUUCCACAAGCAAGAAGAAGAAGAAGGACAAGAAGAAUGGCGGCAGUGGUGGCGUUCCAGUCGGCAUGCCCAUUGUGCCCCCCAUCUACGCCUACCAUCAGCAGCAACAGCAGCAGCAGCUCGCCAUGGGUGGCGUGCCCCCGCCCUCAAUGGCACAGUCGCUGAUUGGCGAACCCCGACCGCUAAGCAUGUCCAGCCGCAAAAUGGCCGCGUCCAUGGGCAAUGGCUUGGAUGACUCGGGCGCCUCAGGUGCAGAGUCCCCGUCCCCGGGUGGCACUGGCAUCUAUCGCCGCAAGGGACACCUGAAUGAGCGUGCCUUCAGCUACUCCAUACGCCAGGAGCACCGCAGUCGCAGUCACGGCUCGCUGGCCAGCCUGCAGUUCAAUCCGCCGGACAUGAAGAAGGAGCGUGAGAUUGCUCAAAUGGUCGCCGGACUGGACUUGAACGAUGGCGAUCGCCGACAGAUGGCGCCAGGUCCGGCGACACUGCAGCGCAAACAGGCGGCCAUGUCGAAUGGGACAGCAGGUCCUCCAGGCCAUCCAGCCCAUCCGCAUCAUGGCCAUCCGCAGCAUCCGCAUGCGAUAUAUGGACCCCUGGGACCCGCUAGCAGUUUCGGCAAACCACGCAGAUAAACAGCUGCAUUCCGAAAGGAGAAACGCAGGCAUCCAAUUAUAGUUCAUGCCGAUUUGAACUUUAUAUAGAAUUACACAACAUUUUAGCGAUGCUGGUCAAUUUAGAAAUGAAAUCGAAUCAACAAUUGCAAAACUUGAAAUGCGACCAAGACAGACUUGAACAAAAAUUGGUUAAACGAAAUUGGAAAACGUUAUCAAUAUCGAUAUCGAUAUAUUGAAAUCGAGUUGACAAUCAAUUUACAACAAUGAAUAUGUGUGCCUUAUUAUGUUUAUACUCUAAGUAUAUAUUAAAAACAAAACAAGAAAAGAAUCAAAUAAUUUGUAACCAGAUGUGGGUGUCAAAAAUAAAAGUAAAGACAAGAAACAAAACAUAUAACCGAUUUAUAAUACAUAAUGUAGAAUAAUAUAAUACGCUACACUUGACAAAACUGCUUAACAAGUUAUGUAAAUUCUAAAAAAAAAAUAAAAAUAGAUUUGACCCUAGAACUGUUGUAUUUCGAGCACAAAUGUAAAAUAUAUAUAUUUUUCGAAGGAAUGAAUAGAAUGUUAGAGAGCUAGUGAAUACAAGCACUUAUGAGUAGACCUACAUAGAACUACCUACAUAUAUAAACAUAUCUUUCAUUCUGUCCAUAUUAGUAACUUAAAGCGCAAAUGUAACUGAAAUACAAAUGUGUGUAUAAUCGUAAUGACAUAAAUAUGUACAAUAAAUAUAAAUAAAAUGUUC